AUGGUUCAGACAUAUAUCUACAGCUUAACAAAGGAGUUUCUUGACUCUUUAGAGUUACUAUACUUUGACAUUGAAACACACAAGGUUGUCAAGGCGCCCGAAGCAGAAGUUUCGGAGUCAGGCAAGCAGAAUAACGUAAUCAAAGAUAAGCAAUACUACAAGUCAGAUCUCCAUCGAUACAAUUUGAAGCGAGCGCAAAAUGACCUUGAGCCCAUAAAUGAGGACGAGUUUAACAAGUUGUUGGAGGCCGAAUCGGCAGAAAGUGCCUCAGAGGACUCUGAUGAGUACAGUGAUACCGGUAGUGAUACCGGUAGUGAACACAUUGGUAGUGACACCGACGGUGAUGACGACAGCGAGACAGAAGGUGAGUGGAACCUAAAAGAGGGUGGCUCUAUAGAUGCAGAGUUGUCACACUCUAGAAAAGCCAAAAAAGUAGAAAGCUUAUUACGGAAGCUCCACACCAAAGAUAUAUUACCAGAGGAAGUUUCUAGUGGGUCACACUUGCACACAAGAAGCCCAAUGGUGCUUUUCCUGUCACUGGCAGUACCGACGGAUAAGGUUGUUAUGUUUUACAAAGCACUUUUCACAGAAGCCGAGCUCAAAGCGCCUCUUGAAAGUUUGAAGAGGUUUCAAAAUAAUGGAGAUGCACGCACAGGUAAAUCAGCGAUUUUUAUGUUAGGCGGUGGUCAUUUUGCUGGUGCCGUAAUAUCCCAUGAGCCUGUGAAAGUUAAAGGGCAGUUAUUGAAUGAGGAAUUACCAUACCUGCAGAAGAUACAGUCGAUAAACGUACUUGAGUCAAAGACGUUUCACAGGUACACCACUAGAAGGAAACAAGGUGGUUCACAAGGGGCCAGUGAUAACUCGCGAGGAAAAGCCAUUUCGGCGGGAUCAAGCAUCAGACGGUACAAUGAGCAAGCAUUGGCAAAGGAGGUUCGCGAACUCCUUGAGACGUGGAGGGACCAUUUACGAGAGUGCGACUCCAUCUACAUUAGAGCAAAUGGGCCGACCAACAAGAAAGUUAUCUUGGGUUACGAGGAAGCUCCGUUGGCCGUUGGUGACCCUAGAGUAAAAAAAGUGCCCUUUUCGACAAAGAGGGCUAGUCUUUCAGAGAUUAAACGGAUUUGGGUUGAGUUAUCCAAUUUAAAAGUUCUGGAUUUCCCAAAAGUCGAAACAAAAGCAAAAGCUACAUCGCUAUCACCAUCACCAUCACCAUCACCAUCACUAUCACGGCCACUGUCACCUGCAGCAGUUAAUUCCAGUAUCUCCAAUGCUAGAACCGAAUCAUCAAAGUCGCCACAAAAGCAAGACCCGUUGACCGAAGAAUUGUUGAGUGCCUUGAAAAGACAAAAGGCUCCCGCUUUUGUUAAACUAAUCAAGGAACAUUCCAUAGAUGUCGAUUCCUUCAGUUUGAGUAUCCUGGACAACAAUGCACCGAGUUUACUCCACUUUGCAUCUGCAAAUGAUUUGGCGCACAUGGUCCAGGUAUUAUUGGUUAAUUUAAAAGCAUCGCCACUAGUGGUGAAUAAGACAGGUAAAUACCCCGCGGAGGUUUCACGUUCCAAUGCCAAGAGGGCCUUUCAGAUAGCGCGAAGCAAGCUUGGAGAGGCUGCAUGGGAUUGGAAUAAGGCAAAAGUUCUUCCAGCAAAAACAAAGGAGGAGUUUGACAAGGAGGCUGAAACGAAGGAGGCCGAAAUGAAGAAAGAGAAGCUUGAUAUAAUGAAGAAACUCCAAGAGAAAGAAGCACAAGAAAAUGAAGCGGCACAAGCUAAAGUACCUCAGAGCAAAUCGCCCAUUCCACCUGUUUCAAGAAUGCUGGGAUUGAAUGCUGAGCAAAAGAAUAGAUUGAUGAGGGAGCAACGAGCAAGGGCAGCCGAAGCAAGGUUGAAAAGACAAACCUGA